GCCGUGGCAGACGGAAGCCGAGCGAGAACCUUGGCGGCGGCGGGAUGGGAGACUCCAAAGUGAAAGUGGCCGUCCGGAUCCGGCCCAUGAACCGCAGAGACAUUGUCACAGUUCUUCAGGGAGGGUAGAGGGAGCAGAUAAACCGAGUACAUUUCAAAUCAUCUUUAGACAGAUGCAGUGGAGAGAACCCCAAUUCCAAGUCCCAAGACGAGGUGGGCUGGGUCUUGGCCUUAAUGCUAAACUAGCAGCGGGACUGGAAAUUGACUUGCAUACCAAAUGUGUGGUGGAUGUAGAUGCAAACAAGGUUAUUCUCAAUCCUGUAAAUACUAAUCUUUCCAAAGGAGAUGCCCGAAGCCAGCCAAAGGUGUUUGCAUAUGACCAUUGUUUCUGGUCUAUGGAUGAAUCUGUCAGAGAAAAGUAUGCAGGUCAGGAUGAUGUUUUCAAGUGCCUUGGGGAGAAUAUCCUUCAGAAUGCUUUUGAUGGCUACAAUGCUUGUAUCUUUGCCUAUGGACAGACAGGAUCUGGAAAAUCUUAUACCAUGAUGGGUACAGCUGACCAACCUGGAUUAAUCCCAAGACUUUGCAGUGGACUCUUUGAACGAGCUCAGAAAGAGGAAAAUGAAGAGCAGAGUUUUAAAGUAGAAGUGUCCUAUAUGGAAAUUUAUAAUGAGAAAGUUAGAGACCUUCUUGACCCCAAAGGAAGCCGUCAAACAUUAAAAGUCAGAGAGCACAAUGUGUUGGGACCCUAUGUGGAUGGACUUUCUAAACUGGCUGUCACAAGCUACAAGGAUAUUGAGUCUUUGAUGUCUGAGGGUAACAAGUCUCGUACAGUUGCUGCCACCAACAUGAAUGAGGAGAGCAGCCGAUCUCAUGCGGUCUUCAAAAUCACCCUCACGCAUACUUUAUAUGACGUGAAGUCUGGGACAUCUGGAGAGAAAGUGGGCAAACUGAGCCUGGUGGAUUUAGCGGGCAGUGAGCGAGCAACAAAAACUGGAGCUGCAGGGGACAGGUUGAAGGAGGGGAGCAACAUCAACAAGUCCCUCACAACCCUCGGUCUGGUUAUCUCAGCCCUAGCAGAUCAGAGUGCUGGCAAAAACAAGAAUAAAUUUGUUCCAUAUCGUGACUCAGUUCUCACUUGGCUGCUCAAAGACAGUCUUGGGGGUAACAGCAAGACGGCCAUGGUCGCUACUGUGAGUCCAGCAGCGGAUAACUACGAUGAAACCCUUUCAACUCUGCGGUAUGCAGACCGUGCCAAGAACAUUGUGAACCACGCUGUGGUGAAUGAGGAUCCUAAUGCACGAAUUAUCCGGGAUCUCCGGGAAGAAGUAGAAAAGCUCCGAGAGCAGUUAACCAAGGCAGAGGCAAUGAAAUCUCCAGAGCUAAAAGAUCGCCUGGAAGAGUCAGAGAAGCUAAUCCAGGAAAUGACUGUGACCUGGGAGGAGAAAUUAAGGAAAACGGAGGAAAUUGCACAGGAACGACAGAAGCAGCUUGAGAGUCUGGGGAUAUCACUUCAAUCUUCUGGAAUUAAAGUUGGGGAUGAUAAAUGUUUCCUUGUUAAUCUGAAUGCUGAUCCUGCUCUGAAUGAACUUCUGGUUUACUAUUUAAAGGAAUAUACAUUGAUAGGUUCAGCAGAUUCCCAAGAUAUCCAACUCUGUGGAAUGGGAAUUCUUCCUGAACAUUGUAUUAUAGACAUCACAUCAGAAGGCCAGGUCAUGCUGACUCCUCAGAAGAACACCAGAACAUUUGUAAAUGGCUCUUCUGUGUCCAGUCCUGUCCAGCUGCACCACGGGGACAGGAUAUUGUGGGGAAACAACCACUUCUUCAGACUGAGUUUGCCUAAAAAGAAAAAGAAAGCAGAUCGAGAGGAUGAGGAACAAGACAGGUCCAUAAAGAACGAUACCAGUUCUGAGCAGCUGGAUGUAGAUGGAGACUCGUCCAGUGAAGUGUCCAGUGAAAUCAACUUCAACUACGAAUAUGCACAGAUGGAGGUUACUAUGAAGGCUCUGGGCAAUAAUGAUCCAAUGCAGUCCAUAUUGAACAGCCUUGAACAACAGCAUGAAGAAGAAAAACGAUCUGCAUUAGAGCGCCAGAGGCUUAUGUAUGAACAUGAAUUGGAGCAACUCCGAAGAAGACUGUCUCCGGAGAAACAGAACUGUCGCAGCGCAGACAGGUUUUCUUUCCACUCGCCCAGUGCUCAGCAGCGGUUGCGGCAGUGGGCCGAAGAGAGAGAAGCAACGCUGAAUAACAGUCUGAUGAGGCUGAGGGAACAAAUUGUCAAAGCCAACCUGUUGGUGAGAGAGGCUAGUUACAUUGCAGAAGAACUGGACAAAAGAACAGAAUAUAAAGUGACCCUGCAGAUUCCAGCUUCCAGCCUCGAUGCCAACAGGAAGCGAGGCUCUCUUCUCAGCGAACCUGCGAUUCAGGUGAGAAGAAAAGGAAAAGGAAAGCAGAUUUGGUCUUUGGAAAAGCUGGACAACAGGUUGCUGGAUAUGAGAGACCUUUAUCAGGAGUGGAAAGAGUGUGAAGAAGAUACCCCAGUAAUACGGUCCUACUUCAAGCGUGCUGAUCCAUUUUACGACGAGCAGGAAAAUCAUAGUCUCAUUGGGGUGGCCAAUGUCUUCCUCGAGUCCCUCUUCUAUGAUGUGAAAUUACAGUACGCCGUUCCAAUCGUCAACCAGAAAGGAGAGGUGGCGGGCCGGCUGCAUGUGGAGGUGAUGCGGAUCAGUGGUGACUUUGGGGAAAGGAUUGCCGGAGGUGACGAUGCUGCAGAUAGCAGCUUCGACAAGGAGACCCCAGAGAACAAACUUGUAUGCAUGGUUAAAAUACUCCAAGCCACUGGAUUGCCACAGCAUCUGUCACACUUUGUAUUCUGCAAAUACAGCUUCUGGGAUCAACAAGAGCCUGUGAUUGUUGCACCCGAAGUGGACACGUCAUCCUCCCCUGUCAGCAAGGAACCUCAGUGCAUGGUUGUCUUUGAUCAUAGCAAUGAAUUUUCUGUUACCAUCACAGAGGACUUUAUUGAGCAUCUUUCAGAAGGGGCACUGGCAAUCGAGGUGUAUGGCCAUAAGAUGAACGAUCCUCGGAAAAACCCAGCCCUGUGGGAUUUGGGGAUUAUCCAAGCAAAAACACGCAGUCUUCGGGACAGAUGGAGUGAAGUCACCAGGAAAGUGGAAUUCUGGGUUCAAAUCUUGGAACAAAAUGAAAAUGGUGAAUACUGCCCUGUAGAAGUCAUUUCUGCAAAAGACGUGCCAACAGGAGGCAUCUUCCAACUCCGGCAGGGGCAGUCCCGGCGAGUUCAGGUGGAAGUGAAGUCUGUGCAGGAAUCUGGGACUUUACCACUGAUGGAAGAAAGUAUAUUGUCUGUUGGCAUUGGAUGUGUGAAAGUUAGAGCACUCCGAUCCCCCAAGACUCCUGAGACCUUCCAUGAGGACGAGGAGGACAUGGACAGCUACCAGGAUCGGGAUUUAGAGAGACUGCGUAGAAAAUGGCUGAAUGCAUUAACAAAACGUCAAGAGUACUUAGAUCAACAGUUGCAAAAACUUGUCAGUAAACCGGAUAAAACAGAGGAUGAUGCUGACCGAGAAGCCCAACUUCUAGAGAUGAGGUUGACUCUAACAGAGGAAAGAAAUGCAGUCAUGGUUCCCUCUGCCGGCAGUGGGAUUCCGGGGGCCCCAGCAGAAUGGACCCCAGUUCCUGGGAUGGAAACACACAUUCCUGUUAUUUUCCUCGACUUAAAUGCCGAUGACUUCAGCUCUCAGGAUAAUCUCGAUGACCCAGAAGCUGGUGGAUGGGAUGCUACUCUCAUCGGGGAAGAAGAGGAUGAGUUCUUUGAACUGCAGGUUGUGAAACAGCAUGAUGGAGAGGUGAAAGCAGAAGCCUCAUGGGACUCCGCCGUGCACAGCUGUCCUCAGCUCAGCAAAGGCACGCCUGCGGAUGAGCGGGUGUUCCUGAUUGUGCGGGUGACGGUUCAGCUCAGCCAUCCGGCCGACAUGCAGCUGGUGUUACGCAAACGAAUCUGUGUCCACGUUCAUGGCCGGCAGGGUUUUGCACAGAGUCUCCUGAGAAAGAUGUCACAUCGAAGUUCUAUUCCUGGCUGUGGAGUGACUUUUGAAAUUGUCUCCAACAUUCCGGAGGAUGCUCAGGGAGUAGAGGAAAGAGAAACAUUAGCAAGAAUGGCAGCUAAUGUUGAAAACACGGCGGCUGCUGACUCAGAGGCUUACAUUGAAAAAUACCUCCGAAGUGUGCUGGCCGUGGAGAACCUUCUCACUUUAGAUCGUCUUCGCCAGGAAGUCACAGUGAAGGAACAGCUGACAGGCAAAGGGAAGCUGAGCAGGAGGAGCAUUAGCUCUCCCAGUGUGAACCGGUUGUCUGGCAGCCGACAGGAUCUUAUUCCAUCCUACAGUCUAGGCAGAAACAAGUUUUCAGAGAUCCAGGGAGAGGGCCGGUGGGAAAGUCAGCAGGAUGUAUCGCAAACCGCAGUUGCCGGUGGGAUACCUCCAGUUGCCCCUUCUUUCUCUGACUGUCCCCCAAAUAACCAUUCUCCUGAUCCAGGACUUAGUAGCCUAGCAGCCUCCUACUUGAAUCCAGUAAAAUCCUUUGUGCCACAGAUGCCAAAGCUCCUGAAGUCUCUCUUCCCCAUCCGCGAUGAGAAGAGAGGCCGACAGCCGGCCCCGUCGCCCGUGGCACAUCAGGCGCACCGCGAGCGCGCGGGGCUCGGCGCGGCCCCCGUCGUGGCCGUGCAGGUGGCCCCUGCCGUGAGGACGCCCGACCGGCCGGCCGCGGAAGCGCAGGACGGGCCGCCCAGCCCGCUGAGCGAGGCGUCCAGCGGCUACUUCUCCCACAGCGUCUCCAGCGCCACGCUGUCCGACGCCCUCGGCCCCGGCCCGGACGGACAGAGCCCCGGCUCGCCGCCGCCCGCCCCCCGCCAGGCCUCCCCGGACCCCGAGCUGCCGUCUCCGCGCCUGGCGCCCGGCGCCCGCAGGGAGCGUGCGGCCCCGCAGAGCGCCGACGGCGCGACCGUGUCCGCGGAGCAGCCGCGCGCGGGGGCCUCCCCGGCGCAUCCUGCCGCCCCCGCGCCCGGGAGGGAGCCCCCCUGCCCGCCGCGCGGAGCCGGGGCUACGCCUGUGCGCCCUGAGGGCCCAGCGCCCGACGGCUGCAGAGCGCGGGCGCCCCCCGAGCCGCUGCCCCCGCCCGCGGCCCCCGCCUCCCCGUUCCGGAUCCAGAGGGUGCGGACCUCGGAGCUGCAGUCGUUCACGCGCAUGCUGGCGGCAGACCCCGGCUGCCCCUCGGCUCGGGAGGACCCGCCCGCCUCCGGUGCACAGGCCCUGGGGAAGCCGGAGGCUUCUUCGGACUCUGAAGAGGCCGCCGAAGUCCCCGAGUGGCUCAAAGAGGGCGAGUAUGUGACCGUGGGCACCAACAAAACGGGCGUGGUGAGGUACAUCGGGCCCACCGACUUCCAGGAGGGCACGUGGAUUGGCGUGGAGCUAGACCUACCCUCAGGGAAGAACGACGGCUCCAUCGGAGGGAAGCAGUACUUCAGGUGCAACCCCGGCUACGGGCUGCUGGUGAGGCCGGGCCGCGUGGGCAGGGCGGCGGGCGCCAGCCGGCGGCGCAGCGCGGGGCUCCGGCUGCAGGGCGCCGCCGAGCCCCGCAGGAGCAGCACCCUCUCCGGCUCCGCCAGCAACCUGGCCUCGCUGACGGCGGCCCUGGCCAAGGCGGAGGGCGCCGGGGCGCUGCGGGCCGAGCGCAGCCACAAGCACCCCGAGAACCGGAAGUCCUGGGCCAGCUAAGCCGGCGCCGCCGCACCCCGCCUUCCCGGCCUCCCCAGACCGACGCCGGCCGAGCGCGCGGCCGUGCCCCUCCCGAGCUCCCGGGGACAGCCGGGGCGGAGCUGCGGGCCGAAUGGCCGCGACCCUUGCAGCCCCCUUCCCCGGGGAGGGGGGCGCGGGCGGUGAAUGCCUUUUGCACGAUGCGAGGCCGGUGAGCCCUUACCGGUUCUCCCGGGACUCGGGGAGCUGCCUGCCUGCCGCCGCCCAGAGCCCGAGGCUGCCUCUCCGCAGGGUCCCGGCGCGUGGGGAGGGAGGCCCAGCCCUGUGCCCGGGGCUUUCGCCACCUGGGGCUGUUGCUGCUCUUCUGUCUGGCGACCCCGUUAACCUCCUAAUUUAAAGAGUAACCGUGACUAGUGCCUUUCCCCCCUCGGCCCAACAGCCCUAGGCUCACGUGCACCUCAGGCCCAUCCGUGCGCCCCGAGUUCCCCACACUGAGUAAUGAGCACCCCUAAGUGCCUCCGGCUGCCCCCUGGGGCUCCAGCACGCCCUGUGCCCCUGAGAGGGGCGCUGGCCCGAACCUCCCUCAUCCCGCUAACUUUCCACGGCGUUUCUUGGAGGUUUCUCUGUGGGUGUUUUAGCAUCUUAAUACCUGGAAAGUUCUUUCUCUUUGCCAUUUCCCCCCUUAACAGAAUGCUUGGAAUAUAUUUAUUUAUAUUUAUUUUUUCAAAAUCUGAUAUCAUUCGCGAGCCACAGUCCUCUGCCCGGGUGUGAGUGCCUCGCCUCAUGUGGCGCCUGCCUCUGUGGCCUUUGAGGAGUCACCAGCUUCCCGCCUCGGGUGGGGGGCCCCAGAGAGGCCAGAACAUGAUCCCCCUCCCUGUGCAUCUUUGAUGCAGAUACCCAAGUGGCCUUGCUCUAAGAUGGCAGUAAAAACGUGGGCAACUAGGCGGCUGUGCUCUGCAGUCAGCGACACAGCCGGAGGCCCCACGACCUUUAGCUAGUGCAAUUUUGGUUUCUGGGAAGGUCCUUAACCAGUUGGACUUGGCAGUCUGCACCCUGACUGCCGACGCUGGGGCCUGCGCCUUGGCGGGUGGGCCCAUGGAAGGAGGGCUCUCCCCGCUCCCCCUCACCCCCGAUCCCUGUCGCUGCGCCUGCUUUUGAUCGCUGCAGCCCUUGCAGAGACCCGGGCAGUGCCACCUAGACAGCGCCGACUGGACAGCAUUACACAUCCCAGAGCAGGCUGGUAGAACCUCGGAGGGAAGCCGCUUCCCAGGGGCAUGGCCCAGUGACCUUGUGCCCACCAGUCAGUGCCUUUCCCGCCUGUCACCUGAGUCCCUUGCGGGCCUGUGCUGUGAAUCACAGCCUGGAGGACACCCCGAAGCUGGGGCAGAAGCCCUGGGUCGGGAUUGGCACGCCGCACUCUUGGCUGCAUUAGAUCUCGUGUUUAGACUCUGAAGGGCAUCCAGAAAGCUUGUUCUACAAGACCCCAGGUUCUCUAGGGAUUUGAAUUCCCUCAGGAAUGAUGCCAGUUUCCCUGCCCAGGGUGGGGUUGUGUGGGGCCCGGGCCCAGACUGGGAAGCAGGGCCCCAGUGGGGUUGCUUGGCCGCUGCACGUCAGGGCCCCACGGGAAGAAGCCAAAGAUUAAUUAGCUGCUGUUAAUUACACGUGGGGGUGCCUGGCGCCGCCUCAGCCCUGCUUCCUAACAGCUGUUUGCAGGUGACGCUGUUGCCAGGCGCCCACCCCGCGGUGCCUGAGGUCAGGUAAACGGCCGGGUGGGACGAACCGCCCACACCGACCGGCGCCAGGCCGGGCUGCCGUCUGGGUCGGGGCCUCCCUGGCCCUUGAUAGGACCUCAGCCUGCCAGGUGCUGCGUCGCCGCCAUUUCCUCCUGUUUUCCAGUAGGCCGUCGGGGCCGGGAGGCCAAGAGCGCACCUGUCUUUGAGCUUUAUCUCUGCGAACAGUAUUUGGAGCUGAAAGGGACCUUCUCACAGGAAGAGGCAAAAACCGAGGGAAGAUCAGGGACUCUCGGGUCACAGAAGCCCCAGCUUCUGGCCCCCAGCCGUGGCUCCUUCUCUUGUGCCCGAGCAGCACCCAGCAGCCAGCCACCUGCCAGCCUCUCCUCAGCACCCUGCGGCGGGCCCCCCGCCAGCCUGGGCCCUGCCCUGGUGGCCCAGAGCAUCUCCAGGCUGUGGGAAUGUGACCGUGCUCAGGCCGGGUCUGCUGCCCAGCAGCCCAUAGACAGGGCUCCGAGUGGGCAGCCCUCGCUGGCAGUGCCCCAGCGUCCCGUCCCUGCUGCCCAGCACCCCUGGCCUGGGAGGUGGUGUCUUUCUGUUUCUUGAGGCCCAGUGGCCAUGCAGCAGGACGCCCAGGGCUGGCAGUGUGGCCUUGGAGGGGGCGGCGGCCUGCUGGGAGCCCCAGGCCCUCGGGGGCCUGCCCUGACUAGGGCUGGCCUUGGCUUCCUUGCUGUCGCCACUGGCACUCGGAGACCACCUGCCGGGCGUGCGCCCAACUUGUCUGCUGUGGGUUCUGUGCCCUGCUUCUCUACGCGACAUUCCCAGCCCAGAGGCGCCCCUUUCAAUCUGCUUUCCGUUAGUCACUUUGGUUCGCUUAUGGGGGGGGUUCCAGCGGGGCCCCUUUCUCCGAGGAGGGCAGCCCCGCAGCCACAGGCGCCCCGCCCGCAGACGGAGGCGCAGCUCCCGCUCCCCAGAGAGAAGGCCAGAGUCGGGGGGCGGCUGGACGUCCAGCUACUUAGGGGAGCACUUGCUGGGCUCCUCUGCCCUGCGGGGACAGCAGCCACCCGCGGGAGGAGAGGCCGAGGAGAGCUGUGGCCCAGCGGGGUGACUGGUGGGGGCGCCCGGCCGGUGUGUGGAGGCCGCCCUGGGCCCUGAGCGGGUUCCAGACACCGCCUUUCGCCCCCUCCGCGGGACCCCCUGGCGGCCCCACCCGGCCACCCUGCUGCCUGCCCGACUCUGGGCCGAAAUCCGGGGCGGCGGGGGACGGGCGGCGGCUCCCGCCUUCCCGGGAAGGGCCUCGCCCAGAGGAAUGGCGGCGUUGGGCUGUGGCCGGACCGGCCGCCGCUGCCGAGCCCCCGGCUCUGCCGCCCCUCCUGGCUCACCGGCCCCGGCCUUCCCUGGGCCCCGCACGCCUGCCCUGACGCUGGGACACCGACCGCUCUCCGCACCCGCCUCCCUCCCGCGGAGAAGUCCGUCGGGCCUUCUGCUGGCCGGUCACACCGACGGUGCUGGGGAGUCUAGGAACGUCUUCUCCGGGUGCAGAGUUCUGUGCAUUUAGUGGUUCACACAUGAAAACGUGGCUUUGAUUGGGGGAGUAUAUUGAUUUCUUACACAUAUAAUGGAUUAAAAAAAAAAAACCAGACUGUAAUGACUUGUAAAGACUUCAUGAUUUGUCCUGUAUAAUGAACUCAAACGUCUGUAAUUUUGUCCCAUAUAUGCCUUUCCGUCACGACCAGCAGCUUCUGAAUAAAGCCGGAUGACUUCUCA